CGCCCCUAUCUUGACGAAACACAUGCGAUGUGUUUCCCGAUAACCUCAGCGCAGCUGGGCGUGGGCGCCGAACAGUGACGUCAUAGUCCGGAGCCGGCUUCCGGCACAUGGGGCUGAACCGGAGGGGGCCACGUUUUGCGCUAGCAGUGCUUCAUAAUGUUACACAACCCAGGAGAGAUUGCAGGCGUGCUUGUGAGUUUUUGGAAGCUCCUGGCCCUUUCGGUCCCUCCGCUGUGUUCCAGGUUCCUUGCCAUGCCGUGCCAGGUGAAGAGCCGCUUCCUGCUGCUGUACGGCUCCCAGCGCGGGCAGGCCAAAGCCAUCGCCGAAGAGAUCGGCGAGCAGGCAGGCGAGCGCGGCCUCGUCGCUGAUAUCUGCUGCCUGAGCCAAGAGGACAAGUAUAACCUGGAGAAGGAGACCGCCCCCGUGGUGUUUGUGGUGUCGACCACGGGCGACGGGGAGCCCCCGGACACGGCUCUGCGGUUUGUCAAGGGGCUCCGGGCGAAGACGCUGCCGGCGGAUCACUGCGCCCAUCUCCGCUACGCGCUUCUAGCUUUAGGUGAUUCAAACUAUCCGCAUUUCUGCAACUGUGGGAAAACUAUUGACAAGCGUCUUCGGGAACUUGGUGCCCAGCAGUUCUAUGCAACCGGACACGCUGAUGACGGUGUGGGGCUGGAGCUGGUAGUCGACCCGUGGAUCGAAGGACUGUGGGAGGCCAUGAGGAAAGCCCUGUCAGACAUGUCUGCCGCCCCAGAGAGGAGGGGCUGUGCGCCGGACCCCGGGGAGGCAGAUCGCUCGGGCCUGGACUUGAAGAUCCAGUUCCUGGCGCUGAACGACUCGGCGGGCCCAAGCCCUGCGGUCCCGGAGUCAGACGCCGAGACGGCGCCCCUUGAGGCCUCUCUGCACGCGUCCGUCCCUCCGCUGUCCGAGUCGGCCCUCGGCGUGCCCGCCCUGCCGCCCCCGUUCCUGAGCGCGGAGCUGCUGGAGCCACUGGAGCUGCUGGGAACGGACGGCGAUGGCCCGUGUGCCGAGGAGCCUGUGCACCAGGUGUCCGUCACGAGGGCAGAGCAGCUGACACGAGAGGACGCUGUGAAAACAGCCCUGCUGCUGGAAUUGGAGAUUGCAGGGACGCCCUUCUCCUACGAGCCCGGGGACUCCUUCCACGUGUUCUGCCCCAACCCCACGACGCAGGUGGAGGGGCUGCUGCAGCGGCUGGGCCUGGCCGCCAGGAGGGGUCACCGCGUCCGCCUGCAGCUGCUCCCCCAAACCAGGAAGAGGGCAGCUCAGAUCCCCUCUUACAUUCCCGAGAACGCCACACUGCACUGCCUUCUCACCUGGUGCUUGGAGAUUACAAGCGUCCCCAAGAAGGCCUUCCUCCGUGCCCUGGUGGACUGCACGACGGAUGCCGCUGAGCAGCGCCGCCUGCUGGAGCUGUGCAGCAAGCAGGGCUCCGCGGACUACAGCCGCUUCGUCAGGGACCCGGGCCUCACGCUGCUGGAGCUGCUGGGGGCCUUCCCGUCCUGCGCGCCGCCCCUCAGCCUCCUCGUGGAACAUUUGCCCAGACUGCAUCCCAGGCCUUACUCAGCAGCAAGCUCGAGCCUCUGUCACCCCGGGAAGCUGCGCUUCGUGUUCAACAUCGCGGAGUACCCCGCCUGCUCGGGCCGCCCCGUGCCGAGGAGGGGCGUCUGCACCGGCUGGCUGGCGCAGCUGGUCUCCCCGGUCCUGCGGCCGCGCGGGGGCCCCCGGCCUGGCCCCCAGCCGGGGCUGCCUGGCCCCAAGGUGUCCGUCUCCCUUCGGCCGAGCACGGCGUUCCACCUGCCCUCCGACCCCACGGUGCCCUUCAUCAUGGUGGGGCCGGGCACCGGAGUGGCCCCCUUCAUCGGCUUUCUGCAGCACAGGGACCAGCAGAGACGAGAAAUCCCUGAUGGCGAUUUCGGAGAGACGUGGCUGUUUUUCGGCUGCCGACAUAAAGACAGAGAUUUCCUCUUCAGAGAGGAGCUGGAGCGCUUUGUGGAAAGCGGCACCCUGACACACCUGAAGGUCUGCUUCUCCCGGGACGCCCAGCAGGGGGAAGCACCUGCGCCGAAAUACGUGCAAGACAACCUGCGCCUCCACACUCGGGACGUCGCCCGGGUCCUGUUCAAGCAGAACGGCUGCUUCUACGUCUGUGGGGAUGCCAAGAACAUGGCCCGGGACGUGAACGAGGCCCUGAUCGGCAUUGCGGGCGCGGAGCUGGGGCUGGAGAAGCUGGAGGCGCUGCAGGCUGUGGCGGCACUGCGGGACGAGAAACGCUACCUGCAGGACAUCUGGGGCUGAGAGCCACCUGCAGGGAGAGAGGGGAAAAACUUCGACACGUUUGUAGCGCUGGUCUAUAUCAGUUUCUCUUGGAAAGUGUAUUUUAAUAGGGGUUUUUAUGUGAACGAGGUAUCGCCGAUCUCUGCAGGGUUUUUCGGAAUAUCAAAUGCUUGUAGCGUCGGCUUCUUUGCUUUGAACACUGCCAGCCCGACAGCUCAGCUGCGAAGCCACAGCAGUUCUGGAGCCAGAGACACCAAGGACAGGGCACCAGCCUGGGACUCUUCUUGCUCAGUGUGAUCUGUCCCUUCCAUGAGAAAAGACCUAGCCGACCUCAUGCAAUGGCAAAGAGGGCUCUUCACGACCGUGGAGUGUGUAUGAAAAUUAUUCAGAUUUUUGUUCCUAAUGUGUAAAGAUCUUUUUGUUCCAUCCCUCUGUUGACUGGGGGGGGAGGGAUUCUGGGAUGGUGAUGCCCUCUGGGGAUUUCUGUUCUAUUGGGGUGAUUCAGUGACUCAGACCAUGCAGACAAUACUAAGAGCUGCUGUUGGUCAGACUCUACUGCCGUUACACUGGCACAACAGACCUCAUUCAAAUUUUCUGUGGUACAUGAAUGUUAUAAGGAGGAAACGAGGCAAUUUUCCGUAUGGGUAAAGGAUAGAAGAUAUGUGCAAAAAUAUCUGUCCUCUGCCAUUUCUGUAUGGGAUGUUGGCACAGGGGGGGUCCCCAUUAUAAUAAGUCGCCCUGAUAUCUGCUUCCCUGUCCCACAACAUCAUUCAGAUAUUUGGGAUGUGACAUAAAAAUUCCCUGUACUUGAGCUUGCUGAUUUAGCUAAUUUUGUUUAGAAGAAGUCUUGUAUGUUGGAUUUUCUAAAGCUUGUGGUGAAUGUAAGAGACAAUUUUAUCUUUGCAUCUGAGCCGCAGCGAGGUCUGAGCAUAGGUGACACAGUGACAGUACAGGUGCAGAACACAGGAAGCGCUGUAGCGCAAACAAUCACCUCCUCUCCAGGUAUGAUCACUUCAAUACGUGUUUGGGCAAGUUCGAUUAAAAUGAUGUUAUGUUAAACUGACAAUUCAAGAUAAAAGCGAGUGAUGGGUUAGAGUAAAAAUGGUGUAAGAAAGUUAGUGCACCUGUAUGGUAAUGUACUGUAUUGGGGGAUCUACACCAUGUGCAAGUGAAAUGCACACUUAGUAUAACGUAUAGUCCCUAACCUUGCUCUGUUCAAUUGAUUCUUUUUUUAAUCCUCUACACCUUAAGUGGGAAGGACAAAGGCCAAUUCGUGAUGGAGAUGGGUGAGAGUACAAGUGGUGUAAAGAUGCCAGUGCAAAUAUACAUAAGCUACUGUGUCUGGGCAGCUCCAAGUGAAACACUCACCUAUGGUGUAACUCUUGGUCCCUAAUCUGACUAUAUUCCAUUGAUGGGGAAAAGCCUCUUGCUUUAAAUCACAGGAGCAAAGUUUACUUUUUUACAGUCCCUAACCCUCCAUAUUUACAUUGUUCUUAUGUAAAAAAGAUCCCAUUUAUACAGUACAUUGUUUUGCUAUAAAUUGCAAUUUUCUGGUCCCUAACCCCAACAUGUAUCAGCGGGUCCCCUGAAUUAACUUUGCUCUACAGUUGUGCAGGGGUUUUAUGUCGAUUGCAUUGGUUUUAGAUCUUUAGUCAUCAGGCAACACCCCACACCCAUACUGACUGGCUGAAGCACUCUAAGGAGAAUAUGUCCACUUCCGUUGAACUGGAAAAAAGAAACGGGUGAAGGAUCUUUGCAGGAAAGGCUUAUUACAUUGCGUUUUUUCUCACUUCUGAUACAGAAAAUAAUUGAAAGCUCUUAGGAUUCUGGCAGUCGCAACAGGAAGUUAACCCGGUGAUCACGUUGACCUGUCCAAUGUUUUGCCAUGUGGGAGAACAGCGGAUCCCUUCGAUCAAGAAGGGUUUCAGCAGCUGAAAUUAAAACACACCGGAGUACUGAUUAAGUCCUUUCCUCCCCUGUUAAAAAAGCUGAAGGAUUGACAGUGUAAAAGAGCAAUGCUGCACUGCUCUCGUUCUGAAACUGGACUGAGGCUUGGUUCUUAUCGAACUGUCAGGGCUCCUUCUGUAGUGAACCAGCACUGGACUGGAAAACCUGUUGUACCCCUUUGUGAUCGUAUGUUGGUGGUGUACAGGAUUCUCAGAGAGCAGCAGCGGUCUGGGGGCUCGAGAGGAAGUGAAUAACGACACAGUUGAUGCCCCCAUUAAGCACAGCGAAGUACGUGUUAUCCCUCUCAGUUGUUAAUUUUCAUUAUAGACAAAGCCACGCACUUCCAAAAAUCAUCACCUUCUCCAAGAAAGCUGGUCUGUUAUCUCCGCACAAAACGGAUGAGGUAAUAAACUGGGUUUCAAGGUCAGCAGAAUUAGAGCAGAGCUGACUGUAAUAUGCGUUAAAGCAAUACAUCACUUUUUUCCUGGAUCCAGACUAUGCAGAGAGGCUGUGAUAAACUGUCUCUGAGGUGCUAUUCCUUUCUAAAGUGAAAUCUCAUUUUGACACUUCUGCAUUUGCAAUUCACUAUGAUUUAUGCUUACAAAAUAGAGAUCUGGUAGUGUGAUUUUUGUGCUUUAUUACUUGGUUAUUAAUAUACAUAACUACCCCCCCCCAAGGUUUUUCCUUUUCAACAGGUGUGAGUCAAGAAAAGUCUUUUCUAGGCCUUCCUGUUUCACUGAUAAUGCUGAAAUACUACAAUGUGUGAUGCAAUGUUACUUAAACAUUGAAUUCCCCUAUUUUAUUCCUUUAUCAUCCAAACAUGUGGAACAUACCAAACAAAAUGAGAGCCUUUCUUUCCUAAAUCUAAGCAAUAAAAUAGAUUUUUUUGAACGAGUACACAUUAAUAUAUGACUAGUUGCUGUAAACAAUGUCCAAUGAAACAAAACUGAAGUGUAUGGGAAGCAGAGUAUUUUAUUACUGUAGGCUCAGAGGAAGAGGUACAGAGUUUGCACACAUUAAGAGCAUCAGAAUGUCCUUUUUUUAAUAUAGAUGAUACUCUCUAAGGCUCAAUGGUUUGCGGUUUCUGCUCCACAAAGAGUAGUUUAUUGCAAGACUUGUGGAAUAGAAAUCUUUUAAAGAGCUGCAAGAUAAAAUCUCUAGUUAUUCACACUCUUGUUAAUAGGAACCAUUUUGACAAGUUGCUAUAAAAAGUUUAUUUUUUUUUUAAGCUUUGACAAAAGUGUCUUUCAACGGUUGGGUCAUGAUGUUUCCAGUGGUGAGAAUCGUGAAUUGCCAGAUGUAAUUAUUUUCUAUUCACUGUAAGGCAGGAUUGUCCCCACAGCGUUUUAAACAUGAAUAGAGUUUUUUUCUCACCUUUAGUACCUUUUAACAUUUGAUAUAUAAAAGCCACUUGUAAACUUGAUGGAAACACUUCAGCAAGAAAAUAAGUCUUUGACAGGAUAAUUUUAUUUUAGCUCUUGACAGUUUCACAGAGACAUAAAGAAACAAGAAUUACAUUAAAAUUUCAUGUGAUAAAA